UCAGCCCGGCCGCAAUUUCAGAAGUUGUGCAAAUUAUCAGCCGAAUUGGAACUAAUUUGAAGUGUUUUUGAGUUCAAAAACUGCGGAAAUCAAGUUAGGUUUCCAAUUUUCCACAGCUAAUUUAGAGAAAACAACCCGGCAAACAUGGUGGUCCGCGAGUACAAUGAGGAGCUGAAGUAUAUCGAGCGGAUUUCGCCGAACAGUUUCCUGAUCAAGAAAGGAUUCCAGCCAAAUAUGAACGUGGAAGGAAUUUUCUAUGCAAACAGCCGGCUGGAAAAGCUGAUGUUCGAUGAGCUACGCAAUUCCUGCCGGCCCGGCAUGACCGGGGGUUUCCUGCCGGGCGUGAAGCAGAUUGCCAAUGUGGCCGCGCUGCCCGGGAUUGUAGGAAGAUCUGUCGGUCUUCCGGAUAUUCAUUCCGGGUACGGUUUUGCCAUCGGAAACAUGGCCGCCUUCGAUAUGGGUGAUCCGACCUCGAUCGUAUCUCCCGGAGGGGUCGGUUUCGACAUAAACUGUGGAGUUCGGCUGCUGAGAACUAAUCUUUUCGAGAAGGACGUUAAACCGGUCCAGGAACAGUUGGCCCAGAGUUUGUUUGAUCACAUUCCGGUGGGAGUUGGAUCGAAGGGUAUCAUCCCGAUGAAUGCUCACGACCUGGAGGAAGCGCUUGAAAUGGGUAUGGAUUGGUCCCUGAGAGAGGGUUACGUUUGGGCCGAGGAUAAGGAGCACUGCGAAGAGUACGGUCGAAUGUUGAAUGCCGAUCCGGGUAAGGUGAGCAUGAGGGCCAAGAAGCGUGGUCUGCCUCAGUUGGGAACGCUGGGAGCGGGAAAUCAUUAUGCGGAAAUCCAGGUGGUUGAGGAAAUUUACGAUAAGUAUGCGGCUAGCAAGAUGGGAAUCGAAGAGCUGGGCCAAAUUUGCGUUAUGAUCCAUUCAGGAAGCCGAGGUUUUGGUCAUCAAGUUGCUACCGAUGCUCUGGUCGAAAUGGAAAAGGCUAUGAAGCGAGACAAAAUCGAAACCAACGAUCGUCAGCUGGCUUGCGCCAGGAUCAAUUCCAAUGAAGGACAGAACUAUCUGAAAGCUAUGGCUGCUGCUGCUAAUUUCGCCUGGGUCAAUCGAAGUUCCAUGACAUUCCUCACUAGACAAGCUUUUGCCAAACAAUUUAACACUACCCCCGAUGAUUUGGAUAUGCACGUCAUUUACGACGUGUCUCACAACGUAGCCAAAAUGGAAGAACACAUGAUCAACGGAAGGCCCAAACAGCUCCUCGUGCAUCGUAAAGGAUCAACUCGAGCCUUCCCACCGCAUCACCCUCUAAUCCCCGUAGAUUACCAACUAACAGGUCAACCCGUCCUAGUAGGUGGUUCCAUGGGAACCUGCAGUUUCGUAUUGACCGGAACAGAGAAAGGAAUGGAAGCCACCUUUGGCUCGACCUGCCACGGUGCAGGACGCAGCCUUUCAAGAGCUAAAUCCCGCCGAAACCUGGACUACAAAGAUGUGCUGCGGGAUCUGGAGGCCAAGGGUAUUUCGAUUCGGGUUGCAUCUCCUAAGCUGGUCCAGGAGGAAGCACCCGAUUCGUACAAGGAUGUUCGGGAUGUGAUACAAACUUGUCACGAUGUGGGCAUCAGUGCUAAGGCUAUUAAAUUGCGCCCGAUCGCAGUCAUCAAAGGAUAAGAUGGGGUUUCGUAAUAAUUGGAAAUGUGUGAGAUUACAAAAAGUCUAAGCAUGAGUGAAUACGUUUGAACCAUUUAACAAACAAAGCAUAAAAAAUAAAAAAUCAGGAAUAAAA